CUCAUCCUUUUUUUCAACACGUGUAGGUUUCUAAAGAGCCCACUGGUCCAAGUCACCACUCUUUCACUUCUCCAUAAUUACCAAACAAGUAGCUCAAUUUUAUAUAAAUAGCAAAAAACACCCUGCAAAUUUCCUGUCACCACACACAACACAAUUCAAACCCAGCAAGCAAAGCUCAAGAGAGGAAAGGAAAAAAGCCCAAGAAUCUGAAAAUCCCCAAAAAUGCCAAAUUCAGACAACAUCAACUUACAGUCCUAUCCUCCCUUCUUUCGCCCUGACCUCGACCAUGACGCCGUUGACUGUAGCCAAAAGUCAACUAAACCAGAUUCUGAUUCCGAUUCCGAUUCUGAUUCUAUUCCGGUGAUAGAUUUCCAGGGAAUGAGCCCCGAGAAUCUGGGCCGGGCUUGUAGAGAGUGGGGAAUGUUCAGGCUGGUCAACCAUGAGGUGCCGGAGAGCCUGUUGGGCCGGCUACACGAAACGGCCCAAAUGGUGUUCGACCUGGGCUUUGAGUCCAAGCAGGGCCUUUUCAAAGAUCCCAUACUCUAUUUCUGGGGCAGUCCAGCAAUCAGCUUGGCCGGGAAUUAUGCUCGGCAGGCGGUGGACCGUGUAAACUGGUUGGAAGGUCUUAAUGUUCCUUUGGAAAAGGUGUCGAAAUUUAAGUAUGAUGAGCCACUUCUUGAAUCUUUCAGGUCUCUUUUGGAAGAAUAUGGCAAACACCAAACGAGGCUCGUCGAAAAAAUAUUCGGCAUGAUUUCCGACGACCUCAACUUCCCUCCGGCGAAAUCGAGCUCUUAUAUGUCAACGGCCACCGGAUUCUUACGAGUCUAUCGAUACUUCCAAUGCCCCACCCCCGACCAGAAUUGGGGCAUUGGGGCCCACACGGAUAGCUCGGUUCUUUCCAUUCUCCAUCAAGAUCAAGUUGGGGGCCUCCAAGUUUACAAGAACCAUAAAUGGGUCAACGUUCGACCGGUUUUCGGCACACUAAUUGUCAACCUUGGUGACAUGUUGCAGGCAAUGAGUGACGACAAAUACGUGAGCGUGACACACCGAGUGAAGGUGAACGAACAUAAAGAGAGGUUUUCAAUAGGCUACUUUGUGUUCCCGGUUGAGAAUGCAGUGAUUGAAAGCUCGAAUUAUAGGCCAUUCACUUACGCCGAUUUUCAGGCAGAGAAGGAAUCGGAUUUGAAGACGGUCGGGAGAAAGAUCGGUCUUCCGCGAUUCAGGAAAGAGGCUUCGAGUUCCCACGUGCUAGAAUGAUAACGUAUAUAUAUGAAAAAUCUUAUAGUAACAAUAAUAGUAAAAGAAGUGAUUAAUCUUUCUAUGUUUAUUAGGUUUUUAGACCUUUCUCCUCCGACUUUCAUCGACGUCGAAACGUGUUGAUCCUUUCAAAUGCUAUUAGGCAGCCUAACGGCCAAACAAGUCGAUCAGUUAAUAUUUUAAUAUAAAUGUAUAUUUAUUUAAUGAAAUGUUAUAUUUUUGUUUAUUUUUGUUGUACCGGUUGAUCUUGAUGCAAGUGAUACAACAUAAACAUUAGUCAAUAG